AUGCGGUCAAUCGCGGGAGUGCCGCUCAUAGUUGCGAUUCUUGUGCUAUUUUCGCCCCCGGAGAAAGUCAGUGCAAAGAGUGAGGAUGGAAAUAUCGUGGUGAAGACAUCUUUGGGAGAUAUCCGCGGUGUGACGCUAAAAAGCCGCCUUGGGGAGUCAUUUAGUGCCUUCCGGGGUAUUCGAUAUGCCAAUCCGCCAACUGGUCAAUUAAGAUUUCAACCGCCUGAGCCCGUUAAUCCUUGGAGUGGCGUUUAUGACGCGACCAAGGAUGGACCUCAGUGUCCUCAGCCUAAAAUUAAUAAUGAAAUUGUAGAGUCUGAAGACUGUCUCAGGCUGAAUAUUUAUUCUCGACAAGUCACCAAGAAUGACAACCUGAAGCCAGUUCUCUUCUUCAUCCAUCCUGGAGGAUUUUACGCAUUCUCGGGGUUGAGCGCCAUGUUUGGACCUGAAUAUUUAAUGGAUCAUGAUGUUGUCUUGGUCACGAUUAACUACCGACUUGGAUCUUUGGGAUAUCUCAGCACAGGAACUGCAGAUAGUCCAGGAAAUGCUGGAUUUAAGGAUCAGGUGGUGGCACUAAAAUUCAUCCGUGAUCACAUUUCUGCAUUUGGUGGUGAUCCCAAUUCCGUCACAGCAUUUGGGUACAGCGCUGGAGCGCUGAGUAUAACACUGCACAUGGUGUCACCGAUGUCGCGUGGACUCUUUCACAAAGCCAUAGUGAUGAGUGCCUCAGCAAUUGGGCAAUGGUCACCACCUGAACAUCAACUGGAGUUAGCGCAGAAGCAAGCACGUCUAUUCAAUUGUACAACAGAGACACCAAAGGCAUUGGUGGACUGCUUACGGAAAGCUGAUGCAAUUGAUAUGGGUAAUAAGCUCAGUGAAAUGUUUGAAUUGGGCUCACAGAACCCCUUAAUGCCUGUAUUGCUCUGGAAGCCUGUCAUAGAGCCAGAUUUUGGACAAGAACGCUUCCUUGUUGAGGAUCCGACGAUUUCAUACCUGGAAGGCAGAUAUAUGAAAAUUCCCGUAAUAGCUGGAAUUACUAAGGACGAAUUUGUACAGUUUGCACAUGGUAUUUUAACCAACGAUAAUCUUAAAUACGAAUUCGAUGCAAGAUUUAAUGAACUUGCACCGAUUGCCUUCUUGUAUGAAAGAAAUUCGGAAAGAUCCAAGAAAAUAAGCCAAACUUUGAGGAAAUACUAUGUAAAUUUCCCACUGAUAAGUGAAUCUCGAAUACCACAACUAGGGGAGCUGUUUUCCGACAGCUCGAUAGGAUUCAGUGUCCAUCGAUUCACUCAAUUAGCCUCCCGCCACACGAAGGUCUUUUACUACAAGAACACGUUCCAUGGUCGCUACAGCUUCUUCUAUUACCCCGAAGGUAAACCCUAUGGUGUGGUACACCACGAUGACUUGUUAUACUUGUUUGGGGUUCCUUUACUGGCUCCGACGUUUGCUCAAAACGACCCUGAAAAUCUCAAUGUGGAGCGUAUGACCAGACUGUGGACAACUUUUGCCGGCAAAGGGAAUCCAAACAACCCAAAUGAUGAGUAUUUGAGUAGUGCACAGUGGACACCUUAUUCUUCUCUUUUGGAUAACUAUUUGGAGAUUGGCAAUGGAGACAAUUUCACGAUGAGAGAAGGCUUGUAUAGUGACAGAUUUCGCGUUUGGGACGAGCUUUUCCCUCUUCCUUUGACGAAUAAAACCUCUCAUCUUUAAUAACCACAAUACCUUUUGCAAGAAUGUGUUUCACACAGAAAUAAACAUUGUGCGCGUA